CAGUAAAACUUACGUAUACGCACUAUUUCAAGAAUAAGAACCCUGGUGCAAUAUAUUGAAGUGAGACAAAUAUACGUUUUCUCACUCUAAUUUAUUGCACUAGUUCAGUAGUGCAGCUACAAAGAACAGGCCUACUGGGUACGCUCAGUGUUGGACACACCUAUGAAGAGGGAAUUGCAAUUUUCAUCGGAAUUAAAGUAGACAAAUUUCUCCUUGACGCAAUCCAAUUACAACGAUCGUAAACAAGCUGGAUCAAUAUAACACGCAUUAAACUGUGGGACAUUGAGUGAAAUCGAAUUCAGUGACACUUUUAUUGGGUCAACCAGUCUGACACGUCAAAACUAGACUCGACUGGGAUACGUCAAGUUGGUCGAAUUUUGACAUUGAUUACAUUAGAAUAGUCUAGUGUUGCCUCGAUUACGCUUGUUAAUGUCACGAGGUGUUUCGUAUCUCCUUCUUUUCGUUCAUCUUUGUUGAGUUGCCAAAUAAAAAAAAAUUGUGGUUGUAGUAAGAAGCUUAUCAGAUUUUCAAGUUUAUUGUACUAGUCAAUGCGAAUGUUACAAAGAAGCCUGUGAGUUAUAUCUUUCAAAUAUGUCGGGAACUCUAAAGCCCUACUUGACAGCAGUGAGACGUACUCUUACUGCUGCUAUGUGCCUCGAAAAUUUCUCUUCUCAAAUAGUAGAGAAACACAAUAAGCCAGAAGUUGAAGUAAGAGCCAGCAAAGAAUUGCUUUUAACACCUAUCUUGAUAAGUAGAAAUGAUAAGGAAAAAGUCUUGAUUGAAUCUAGUAUAAACAGUAUGAGAAUAAGCAUUGCUGUGAAACAAGCAGACGAUCUAGAAAAGAUACUCUGUCAUAAUUUUACAAGAUUUAUGACAAUGAGAGCUGAACAUUUUAUGAUCCUUAGAAGAAAACCUGUAGAGGGCUACGAUAUUAGCUUCUUAAUCACUAAUAUUCAUGUUGAGCAAAUGUACAAACACAAAAUAGUAGAUUUUGUCAUACAUUUUAUGGAGGAGAUUGACAGGGAGAUCAGCGAAAUGAAAUUGUCGGUUAAUGCCAGAGCACGUAUAUGUGCGGAGGAAUUUUUAAAAAGAUUCUAAAUCAUUAUCACAAGCACGAUUAGUGCAUCGAUCAGCGAGAAAAUCCAAAUUUAAUCAGACAUGAACGCGCUAUUCAUCGGUAUCGUGCAAUCGGUAACACAUCAGUACUGUUUUUGAUAAUUUUGAGGAAGUGGGAGACUUUUAUUAAAUAUUCAACAGAGUUUCCUCAUUUACAUACUAUUUAGAUUGGUUCUAUGUUGAAUAGAUAUGCGCAUAAAACGUCGGCUCGAUGAGAAAUUUGUUUCGAAGUUUUUUUUUUUAAUAUGGAAAAUUACACGAUAAAUGAAAAAGAGCGACAAUACUGCUUGAACUUUUGCAUAAAAUUGCAUUUUAGGUACUUCUAUGUUAUCACAGCGCUUGUAUAGUGCUUACUAAAAUCAAUAACUAUCUAUAUAAAUGUGAAAACAUUAUUAUAUAGUUCAGUGAUAUACUUGGGUUUCAUAAUAAGUGCAAGAAUUAUAUAUUUGUGCAUCAAAUUAAAAUAAUUAUUAAAGAUAUAUUUAACACACACGGUAUAUACAAAAUCAUCAUGUAAAUUACUUUUGUCUAACAAUAUGCAAUUGGAUGGUAUUGAGUGCAUUAAGUAAGUAAAUAACGGGCGUGCUCGUUCGAAUUUGUAUAUUUUUAUACACUUUUUCGCAAUUAUUAAGAUCCCGUAAUGGAUGGUAUAAUUUUGUUUCAAAUAGCAUAUAUUUAAAUGAUUGAGAAAGUCACGAGGUGAAAUAUGAUUUAGUAGUUAUUUAUGUUAUAUUAAAGUUGCUUAAAACAGUCCUUGAAUAUAACGAGCGAAUAAUUUAACGAAUGUCGUUUAUUUUUUUCUGAAAUGUUACAUUUGGAAAUUUCGGAAAGGUUGUAAAAUAUAUAUCUACGAUACGAUUUAUAGCGCGUAACGCGCACACACGUUUUAUCGCGUACAUGAAUCAUUUAUUACAUACUAUAAUGAAAUUGUGCACAUUUCUCUUCAGUCUUUCUUUCAUUCCCUACCCUUUAUUCAGAAGAAUGCGAUUAUGUAUUUGAACAUGUAAUAUUUAAUAAAGAACACACAGUGUCUUUGGCAUUUUCUCGCCAAAUUACAAA